AUGGCAACAAAGCGACUGAACAGCAGCAGCGGCCGUCUCCUCUCCCUCCUACUCCUCCACCUCCUCGUGGCCGUCGCGUCGCUGGGCGUCUGGGCGGAGGUGCGGCAGAACGGCAGCGCCACCACCGUCACGGUGCGCUACAACGCCACCUCGAAGCAGUUCUCCGCGACGGCCGGCACCGAGUUCGGUGGGGUGGCGGCCACUGUGGCGGUGAACAACACGUUCCUGCUGACCGGCUGGGACGUCGUGACGGCGGAGGCGGACGCGGCGUUCCUGCAGUCCGGCGCCGACGCGGCGCAGCAACAGCGGCUGGCGUACCAGGCACUGGGCUACGGUGAGGGCUACGCCACGCAGCGGCAACUCGCCGCGUCGAUGAGGAACACCUUCUACGGUGCGAAUGGCCUCAAUGCGGUGCUGCAGAACUCCACGCGGGCGGUGGCGUGGGUGGCGGCGCACAUGGAGUACAUGCGCAACGAGGUGAAGCUCGAUGACGCGUAUGGGCAGCAGCUGCACAAUCUGCUGGCGCUCCUUGAUGGCGUCGUGCUUGGCUAUAACGACAACCUGCCGAGUCCCGGCGACGACCGCCUCAACGCGACGUGGCUCUUCUACCUGAACUUCCAGACGGAGAUCGGCGACGUGGUCAAGGCGGUGUCGCCGGCGGCGGUGGUGGCGGAGCUGCGGCACCGCAUGCCGCGGUACUUCGCGGACCUGCACUGCUCUGCGCUCGUCAAGGUGGUGCGCGACGACAUUUACUUCUCGCACGUGACGUGGAACUCCUUCAACAGCAUGCUGCGGCAGUACAAGACGUACAAGGUGGGGCGCCGCUUCGUCACCAUGUCGUCCUACCCGGGGGUGAUCCACAGCAUCGACGACUGGUACAUGACGCACGCGCGGCUCGCCGUGAUGGAGACGACGAAUGGCGUCUUCAACGACACGCUCUACACGCAGCACGUGCACAACCGCACCGUGUCGGAGUUCCUGCGCGUCAUGAUCGCCAACUUCCUCGCCGGCGACGCGCCGGCGUGGGUGCGGCACUUCGCGCGCGAGAACAGCGGCACGUACUGCAACCAGUGGAUGGUGCUCGACAUGGGCCGUGUGCGGGACCCCGGCGCGCUGCUGCCGCCCGGCACGUUCGUCGUGGCGGAGCAGUUGCCCGGCGACGCG